UUUCUUCCUUCAUCUAGAGAGGGAGAGAGAAACAUACACACAUAGAUAGCAUGGCAAUCUCCAUAGAUAACUUCAGCAGCCCACCAUCUUCAAAAUCUCAUGCAACACAGAUUUUCCUCAGAAUUCUUGCCAUUGGAACUACUCUUUCUGCUGCAUGUCUCAUGUUCACCAACAAGCAAGCCACGGUCGUCUACGGCAUCCCCGUCGACGCCCGUUACACCUACUCCCCCGCUUUCAAGUUUUUCGCAUUCGCAAAUAUCGUUGCAUUUGCACUCUCCCUUUUGUCGCUGAUUCUGGUGUUCUUGAUGGGGAGGAAGGCAGCAAGCUCAACGCACUACUUCUGCUUGUUCCUCCAUGACUUGAUUAUUACGACUCUAUUGAUGGCUGCAUUAGCAGCGUCGUGGGCGAUAGCGUAUGUGGGGAAAUUUGGCAACUCACAUACAGGUUGGAUACAGAUUUGUGACCAUUUUGGCAAAUUUUGCAACAGAGGAAUUGCUUCUACACUUCUUGGAUUUUUGGGAGUUAUUAUUUAUUUAAUUCUUACUAUCGUCUCUGCCAACCAAUCAAGGCAAAUCCGAGCUUGAAUUCUACGAUCAACAUAUUUCUAUAAUUAUGUAAGCUUUAUUGAUUCUUACUUGUAAUGUGUGUGAGAAUAUGUGUUGUGUUACUUUGUUAAUUGGGAAAUUCUUGCCCAUCAUCAUAUUUAUGUAAGGUUAUUUGACAGAUUAAUCCAAUUUAUAUAAUUAUUCUUUUUCUAUUAA